ACCAAACCCUCUUCAGCCACCCCCUCUCACAAUCCCUUUGUGACUCCAAACAAAGCCCACACACCAACUUCAUUUCCAUUUCCAUUCACAAUGUCAAUUUCCUCCACUUCCAACUCCCUCAUUCCCCCCAAAUCUUUAAUCCCCCAAUCCCACCCCCUCAUUCCCAACAUCAGGCCCGGGCUCCGGCCCAAGCCUGGCCCAUCCCCUUCCAUCCUCGCCGUCCACGCCGCCGAGCCCGCCAAAAACCCCGUCGUCACCGACAAGCCCAAGCCCCAAGCCCAACAAUCUCCAUCCCCGGCCGCGGCCCGGGCAACCAAAUGGGCCGUGGACAGCUGGAAGUCCAAGAAGGCCCUGCAGCUGCCCGAAUACCCCAACCAGGAGGAUCUCGAGUCCGUCCUCCGCACCCUCGACGCCUUCCCUCCCAUCGUCUUCGCUGGCGAGGCCCGGACGCUCGAGGAGCACCUCGCCGAGGCCGCCAUGGGAAAUGCCUUCCUCCUCCAGGGCGGAGACUGUGCCGAGAGCUUCAAGGAGUUCAAUGCCAACAACAUCCGUGACACCUUCCGCAUCAUCCUCCAGAUGAGCGUCGUCAUGAUGUUCGGCGGCCAAAUGCCCGUCAUCAAGGUGGGGAGAAUGGCGGGGCAAUUUGCGAAGCCGAGGUCGGAUUCGUUUGAGGAGAAGAACGGCGUGAAGCUUCCGAGUUACAGAGGGGACAACAUUAACGGAGACUCCUUUGACGAGAAGUCGAGGAUUCCGGAUCCGCAGAGGAUGAUUAGGGCUUAUUGCCAAGCCGCGGCGACGCUGAAUCUUCUCAGAGCUUUCGCCACCGGUGGUUAUGCUGCUAUGCAGAGGGUUACUCAGUGGAAUUUGGACUUCACGGAUCACAGCGAACAGGGAGAUAGGUACCGAGAGCUUGCUAACCGAGUUGAUGAGGCUCUUGGAUUCAUGGCUGCUGCUGGGCUCACAGUGGACCAUCCCAUAAUGAGAACAACUGAAUUCUGGACAUCUCAUGAGUGCUUAUUGUUGCCUUAUGAACAAUCCCUCACCAGGUUGGAUUCAACUUCUGGUCUCUACUAUGACUGUUCAGCCCAUAUGCUCUGGGUUGGGGAACGAACCAGGCAGCUUGAUGGUGCCCAUGUCGAGUUUCUAAGAGGAGUUGCUAAUCCCUUGGGAAUUAAGGUAAGUGACAAGAUGGAUCCAAAUGAGCUUGUUAGACUCAUUGAGAUCUUGAAUCCCCAAAACAAACCAGGGAGAAUAACUGUGAUUACGAGGAUGGGAGCUGAAAAUAUGAGGGUGAAGCUUCCACAUCUCAUCAGGGCAGUGCGCAGAGCAGGGCAAAUUGUCACCUGGGUCAGUGAUCCUAUGCAUGGAAACACCAUUAAGGCUCCAUGUGGUCUUAAAACUCGCCCCUUCGAUUUCAUCAGGGCUGAAGUGAGAGCAUUCUUUGAUGUGCACGAGCAAGAAGGAAGCCACCCAGGAGGGGUUCAUCUAGAGAUGACGGGUCAGAAUGUGACCGAGUGCAUUGGUGGGUCAAGGACGGUCACAUUUGAUGACUUGAGCUCACGUUACCACACACACUGUGACCCAAGGCUCAAUGCUUCACAAUCUCUUGAGCUUGCUUUCAUCAUUGCCGAGCGUUUGAGAAAGAGCAGGAUCAGAUCGCAGCAACCUCUUGCCCCUCUAGGAGUGUAAAAGUGCCUUCAAAACCAACAAGAGAAAGAUAUUUUUGUUCUUUUUUUUUUUUGUCCUACAUAUUUAUUAUUAAUCGAUGGUUGUCACUUUGAUUUUGUGUUGUGUUUGUAUGUGUAUACUACCUAGUAAUGCGUUUGAACUGGCAAGGACAAGAGUACUUCUAUGGAUAAUAAAGAAACGAAAACGUUUCAAUUGCGUUGGCUA